CGCGUGAUUGUCGGCUACUUGUUCGUGCCGCGCUGGGCGCCUAAUCACCGCCCCUGAGGAUUUCGCUGCUGAGUUCCCAACAUAGCAGCAAAUUUGUAGAUGACAAACGACCACCGCACAGCUCACACCGGCAUGGAUUCUGCACGCGAGACGCCUGGGAUUGUUAUUACGGCCAGUGGUGAGCGCAUCGUUGAGAUGAUUCCCGGGACGAAAAAGGGGCAGCCCAAGGACAGAAGUCCUGUCCAAGAUGGUCAGCAAAACCCCGCUGCAGAAGCCAUCCCAUCUUUGCCGCCUGAUGAGUCCUCCUCAAAGCCGCCGCUGGCUCGAAAUUUUUGGCCUUCUACCAGGUCAUACCCAAAUAUUCGGUGGAAUUCCAGACCUCAUCAUUUAAGCAAUGUUCACAACGUCCACGCCACGGAAGAUACAGAAUCUGACUCGGAAUUCCCGUACCGUCAUCAACGGCCUCGGGCAACAGGCAACGUUCAAAAAGACAAAUCACUUCCUCGCCGACAUAUUGAGGUUCUCAAAAACGAUCUGUACUCGUUCGACGCAAAGCAGGACCGUAAGAUCCUCAAAAAGCAGAAAGAGAUAAACCGACUCGAAAAAGAGUCGCAUCGCAAUAGACUCAAGAGGGAAGAAAAGGCAAGAUAUCUUUCAGAGGUUCGAGCGUACGAUAAAGAUAUUUCGGAGCGAUUGAAGAGACCAGAUGGAAUUGAAAGGGAAGAGGGAACAAAGAGAGCCGAAAAGCGCACCGAGGAGCUCUUGAGGAAACAAAAGCUAGAAGAAGCUCAGUUGCAAGCCCAGAGGAAAGAGAGGGUUGAAGCUGCGUUGCUCGAAAAUGAUUGGAAGGAGUUGAAAACGAAGAUCGAAAAGGAGGAAAUGCGGGCCAGGAUUAGGAAGGAGCUGCGCGACGAAGAGAUGCGACGGAAACUCGAAGAAUUCGAACGCAUUGAUCAUGAAAAGAAGAUUCGGAGUGCUGCAGUAGAGGAUUACAAGUUGGCAGAGAAGCGGCGCCUUUUUGAGGAGGAGAGGGAGAGGAGGCAGCUGAAACAGGAGUAUAGAGCAGCCAUUGAAGCGGAGCUCGGGUAUUCCCUCGAGCAGGUGAAAGAUAUCCUCACCAAGACGACAGGCAAGAAAGCCCAGAGACAGAUUAGGGGGAGUAGCCAAGCAUUGUCUGCAACUGUUCAUGAUGUCCCUAGUGGAGACGAGGCAGAUGUGGUAGCACCUUGACUUGGCCGGAAGGUGGUCUCCUAUAGCCCUCUAUCUAUAUUAAGCAAUCCAGAUUACAAUGUGCUGUGACCUCAAUAGUCUGACUCUUACGGCCCAUAAUAUCAGGGCAUGGCUCAUUGUGCUAAGAAUUCGAAACUAGCCAUGCUAGGAUCUAGGAGGUUUUCAUCUAACCCAAACCCG